AUGGAAGACUACAGCAGGGNNGGUCUCUGGCAGGCCGCGAAAGUCUAUGGCAUGAUGUCGGACAGCCCAGAGACGAUCGUACUCAAGUCUACCCGCAAGAAGGACCCGAAAUCAUUCGUCGUCAACAAGGCUGUUCUCUGCCAUUACUCAACCUACUAUGAGAAGAUCUGCAAUGGAGAUUGGAAGGAGAGCCGUGAAGGCAAGACCGAGUUCGAGGUCGACAUCCCUCAAAGCGUACUUCGACUCUUGCAUGGCUGGCUUUUCACUGGCAACAUUCUCACCGACUCCGAAUCCGAUGGUAUCCUCAAACUCUACGUUUAUGGCGACUACAUCGGCUGUUUGGCUCUCCGACGCGCUGUUAUGAACCAUCUGCAGAAGGUCUCCAAAAACUCUGGUGGCGGUAUCAACAUCGUCAGCUAUCAGGCCCUGGAAGAAAAUGAAAUUCGGACUACUCACCAAAACACUUGCUUGUAUCGCUUCAUCGUCGACACCUUUGCCUUCCACUGGCGUCAUACCAUGGACGAACCAGACCCCGAAGACGACAACUCUUCCUCUAGGUUCAUUAUCCCUCAUGACAUCCCCAUCAAGUUCGCCUACGAUCAACUGGAAACCAAGUCCAAGAAUGAACACGCGAUCACUAGGGGCAUCGGUUUUGGCGAUUGUCGCUGUUGCAGCAGCGUGUGCAACUACCACGAACACUGCGGGGACGAGGAAAGAGAGGCUACUUGUGGAGCUAAUUUUCGGGAGACAUCCGAGCUGAUUGGCAGAUACUGGGACGAGGAUGAAGAUGACAUCGACGAAGAUAGCGAAGAGGCAGUAUCCGAGCAUGAAGAUCUGAUCGAGGACACCGAGAUGGGAAAAAACGAGGUCGAGGACAACAGUGUCAUCAACAAGACCAUCAAUACUGGUGACAACAUCGAGGAUCCCGGCAUGGAUGUUAACGGCAAGCGUAAGGCACACGAUGAUGAAGAGGAAGAAGAAGUUUCGGCAAAGAAGCACAAGCAGGAGGAGGCAGAACUCUGA